UGGUCCAAACGUCAGUCCCUGAUGGCCAGCCUGCCCUGACAGGGGAGUUAACCAGGAUUCCCACCAGCAGGCUGGUGGAAGCUCUGGGGUGUGGACCCCCAGCUGCAACUCGGAGCCUGCAGGGGAGGCGCUGCGGCUCCCCGGCUGUCAGCGCUCGUGGCCCCUCCCGGUUGCACUUCCUGUCGCAGCCCGGCCGCCGCCGAGGCUCCACAAUCCCCGAACGUGCAGCCGGCGGGGCGGCACGCCCUAGCUCAGCCGGCCAAGGUAAGUCGGGGGCAAUUCCAGGACGUCUGAGGCACAGGGUCCCCAAGCCUGACUGAUGGGGGCGGGUUCCCCAAAUGGGCUCUUUGCUCCUUCCUUCCCGGCCAGGUGGGGCUCCAGUGGGGACAGGGUGGGGACCAGGGCUGGACAGACAGCUGUUGCUGCUGAGGUUUGGGAGUGGUGGUCUGUGUGGGGCAUCCAAGGAGGCAGAAGGGGGUGGGGUCGGGGCAUAAGCCAGGCUAAAUGGUGUCUGUCCCCGGAAGGACGCCGAGGGUGGGCAGAGAGAUUGUGAAUCAAAGCUGCAUGUUGAAGCCUUCAACCAGGUCCCAGCAUCCCCUGCUCCCAUGGGGAAGUUCCCCAGGACCUCGACUCCUGGCCUGGACUGGGUGGUUCCCCACCACCCACCAUCCCAUUCUCUCUACUCCCCUAUCUUCUGUUCCCUUUCCGUGCUCUGUGUGCUCCCUGCCCCACUUUCCCACCCUGCUGUCUCCUCACCCAUCUCUGACUCUUUUUUUCCUUUCAACCCUCCCCACUGUGGCUUACCCCUUGCCUUGCAGCGGAGGCUGUGGUUUAGUGCUCCGGGGAGCAUGUGAUGGUGUUGUCAGCUGAGCUCCCAGAGCUGGCACAAUACCCCUCCCUGAGGGGGGCCUGCCUGUCACAGGGAGGUUGGGCAGCCAUCGAGGGGUCUCCCUCCCCACUCUGCAGCCCCUAGAGACCCUAAGGCACAGAAUGGUGGCAUCCAAUGCCUUCAGAGAUGAGUCAUAUCAAAAAUAUAGGUGAGCCCCAGAAGAUCUGAGAACUGAAGAGGAACCUCAUGGUAGGGUGAGGUAGAUUUAGACCAGGUUCUGCCAGCAGGUAGUGACCCUGGGGAAGUUACUUCCCCUUUUUGAGCUUUAGUUGCCCUGGCAGCAAAACGAGGGGUUUGAUAGACCAGUGGUUUUCCAACGGUUUUCCCCAGAGCGCCCCUCCUGUGGUAAGAGACUGAGUGCCCUGCCCCCACCGCAUAACUGCGCUUUGAUCUGUCACUGCGCAAAAUGGCACGUGGAGAAAGGGUGUGCUGUCAACGCAAACAUUCGUUACCCCUAACAAGGGGCUGUGGCCUCUCAAUAUCAGGAAGUCCUUGUGGGAAAGUCAGGGACGCUCAGGGCCCCUUCCUGUGGGACAAUGUCAAAGUGGCAGCAGGCCUAUUGAGCCCCUUUUCCCACCCUGUUCCAGGACACUGUGCCAUCUUCAGGCCAGACACUCCGUUCCUCUCCUCACCCUUGGCCUUCCUCCUUCCUCCACCCCCCACCCCAUUGGGCAGAGCUCCACACAGUGGGUGGGCCUAAUUGUACUCAGCUUCUAAAUCUCUCUUCAGCCCCAGCCAGACCUCCUACUCCUACCUGGGGCUGGGAGGAAGGAGUGGCCUCUGAUGUUUCUGUCUCCUUGGAGGUUCCAGCUGGGUAGAGCAGCCUCCACCCAUUAGGAUGACUGCGCCCUCCAGCCCUCCUGCCUUCAGGCUGGAGACAUACGAUGGAGAUCAAGAAGAUGGUGCUGAUGUGGACAAGAGACAGCCAGGCAGUGGAUAUGCGCCACCCCCCAUGGAGUCACCAUUCCAGGGCGAGGACCGGAAUUUCCCCCCUCAGAUCAAAGUGAACCUCAACUACCGAAGGGGAGCAGGUACCAGCCAGCUGGACCCAAACUGCUUUGACCGUGACCGUCUCUUCAGUGUGGUUGCCCGGGGUGUCCCUGAGGAUCUGGUUGGGCUGCCAGAGUACCUGCGCCGUACCACCAAGUACCUGACUGACACAAAGUACACAGAGGGCUCCACUGGGAAGACAUGCCUGAUGAAGGCUGUGCUGAACCUUCGGGAUGGGACCAAUGCCUGCAUCCUGCCACUGCUGCAGAUCGACCGGGACUCUGGCAAUCCCACGCCCCUGGUCAAUGCCCAGUGCAAAGAUGAGUACUACCGAGGCCACAGUGCCCUGCACAUUGCCAUUGAGAAGAGGAGCCUGCAGUGUGUGAAGCUGCUGGUGGAGAAUGGUGCCAAUGUGCAUGCCCGGGCCUGUGGCCAAUUCUUCCAGAAGAAAAGCCAAGGGGCUUGUUUCUAUUUUGGUGAGCUGCCCCUCUCUCUGGCGGCAUGCACCAAGCAAUGGGAUGUGGUCACCUACCUGCUGGAGAACCAGCACCAGCCUGCCAGCCUGCAGGCUGCCGACUCACUGGGCAACACGGUCCUGCACGCGCUGGUGAUGAUUGCAGACAACUCGGCUGAGAAUAGCGCACUGGUGAUCCAUAUGUACGACAGGCUCCUUCAAGCUGGAGUCCGCCUCUGCCCCACCGUGCAGCUGGAGGACAUCCCUAACCUGCAGGGCCUCACACCCCUGAAGCUGGCUGCCAAGGAAGGCAAGAUAGAGAUUUUCAGACACAUCCUGCAGCGGGAAUUCUCAGGGCCGUGCCAGCCCCUUUCCCGAAAGUUCACUGAGUGGUGCUAUGGGCCUGUCCGCGUGUCGCUGUAUGACCUGGCCUCCGUGGACAGCUGGGAGGAGAACUCAGUGCUGGAGAUCAUCGCCUUUCAUUGCAGGAGCCCGCACCGACACCGAAUGGUGGUUUUGGAGCCGCUGAACAAGCUGCUGCAGGCGAAAUGGGACCUGCUUCUCUCCAGGUUCUUCUUCAACUUCCUGUGUUACCUGACCUACAUGCUCAUCUUCACUGCUGUUGUCUACCACCAACCUGCCCUGGAAAAGGCCGUCCUCCCCAUGAAAGUGACAGCUGGAAACUCCAUGCUGCUGCUGGGCCACAUCCUGAUUCUGCUUGGGGGGGUCUACCUCCUCGUGGGCCAGCUGUGGUACUUCUGGAGGCGCCGGCUGUUCAUCUGGAUCUCCUUCGUGGACAGCUACUUUGAAAUGCUCUUCCUGGUCCAGGCCCUGCUCACAGUGCUGUCUCAGGUGCUGUGUUUCCUGGCCAUCGAGUGGUACCUGCCUCUGCUUGUGUCCUCGCUGGUACUGGGCUGGCUGAACCUGCUUUACUAUACACGUGGCUUCCAGCACACAGGCAUCUAUAGCGUCAUGAUCCAAAAGGUUAUUCUGCGGGACCUGCUCCGCUUCCUUCUUGUCUACUUAGUCUUCCUCUUCGGCUUCGCUGUAGCCCUAGUGAGCUUGAGCCAGGAGGCUCAGGGCCCAGGGGUCCCCACAAGUUCAAAUGCCACAGAGGCAGUGAGGCCUGGGGCAGGAGAGGAGGACAAGGAGGGCAACUCGGCCUCGUACAGUGGCAUCCUGGACGCCUCCCUGGAGCUCUUCAAGUUCACCAUCGGCAUGGGCGAGCUGGCCUUCCAGGAACAGCUGCGCUUCCGUGGGGUUGUGCUGCUGCUGCUGCUGGCCUAUGUGCUGCUCACCUACAUCCUGCUGCUCAACAUGCUCAUCGCCCUCAUGAGUGAGACUGUCAACAGUGUCGCCACCGACAGCUGGAGCAUCUGGAAACUGCAGAAAGCCAUCUCUGUCCUGGAGAUGGAGAAUGGCUACUGGUGGUGCAGGAGGAAGAAGCAGCGGGCAGGUGUGAAGCUGACAGUUGGCACCAGGCCAGAUGGUAGCCCAGAUGAACGUUGGUGCUUCAGGGUGGAGGAAGUGAACUGGGCUGCCUGGGAGCAGACGCUGCCUACGGUGUUUGAGGAACCUACAGGGCCCAACCUUGGUUUCAACCUACUGCACCUUGUGCCCAUUCAAGUGUCAGGCCUGGGCUGAGCCUGGGGACCCAGCAGGGCAAUAAGUUAGGGAAGGUGCCCUACCCAGCUCAUAGUUCAGGUGGCAUCUCUGGGAUCCCCGACCGGCUUUGUCCAGGUCAG